AUGACACACGAGCUUCCUAUUAAUUCCAUCGGUACUCAUCGUCACGUCAACGGGUCAUCACGCGUGCCCCAGAAGAAUGGAGUCGCUAACGGCACCAACGGCCAUUCCACGGAGACUAAUGGCAUCGAAACUUCACAUGCGAAUGGUUAUUCGCCAUCAAAACUCAAGAAGAGGAGUAAAGACUUCUUUGGUCACGAUAGAGAAGAGGUUACGAGACUACUCAUACAAGGAUUAGAGGACCUUGGCUAUGAUGAAGCGGCAGAGAGACUCGGGCAAGAGAGUGGCUAUCAAAUUGAGAGUCCAUCCGUAGCAGCUUUCCGACACGCAGUACUUGAAGACGAUGCGGAUCCAGACUUAAUCAAAUUUUUGAUACGAGAACAGAAGUAUGUCGAACUAUUAAAGCGGAAUUCGAGGACACAAGCACUCACGGUCCUUCAAACGGAGCUGCAACCAUUGAAUUAUGACACGAGGCGCCUCAAUGUACUAUCAGGAUACAUGGUUUCAGAUCCUUCGGGAGACUUGACUUGGACCACAAUCUUAGAUGGCCGUCAGAAGCUGCUCUCCGAACUAUCUAAAUUUGUUUCUCCGUCUGCUAUGAUACCCCAACAUCGACUUGCGGGUCUCCUUGAUCAAGUCCAUCGAGGCCAGAUAUCGCAGUGUUUGUAUCACAACCCGAUAAGCUCAAGACCUACCUCGCUUUUUACUGACCACAAGUGCGAUCAAAAUGAAUUCCCCUUACGGUCACCCAUAGAACUGACUCAGAGUGACGGCGAAGUUUGGUACGUCGAGUUCUCUCACAACGGUAAAUUCCUUGCCGCUUGCGGGCAGUCUCGCACUGUCGUUGUGUAUGAUACCCAUACGUUUGAUGUUCGGCACAAACUCUCCGAGCAUAGUGAUAACGUUCUGUACUUGAGCUGGAGUCCGAAUGACUCCAAGCUUAUCACUUGUGGCCGAGACGCAAAAGCCAGAAUGUGGGACAUGAUAUCUGGUCGUUGUAUAUUAAUUGUAGAUCACCAAGAACAAGGUGUUUCCAGUGCUGCAUGGACACCUGACGGUAAUUACUUCGUUACUGGAGCGCUCGAUAAACACGCCCAGCUUUGCCUUCGUCCGGCAGACGGCCGAGGGGAGCCAUUCAACUGGCCGACAGCCUUGAGGACCCAAGAUUGUGCUAUAACACCUAACGGCCAAAAGCUGGUGGUCAUGUCUACUGAGAAUUAUAUUACGGUCUAUGACAUACCCAGUAGGCGGGAGGAAUACAGCAUAAAGGUUGCCCACCGAAUGACAUGCAUAAGCGUGAGCCGUGACUCGAGGACGAUGCUCGUGAACAUGGCCAACGACGAGGUACAUCUAAUUGACAUUGAAAGUGCCGACAUUGUUCGGAAAUACUUCGGCCAAGAGCAAGGUGGUUUCAUCAUCCGAAGUGCCUUUGGUGGCGCAGACGAGGGUCUCGUAAUCAGUGGUAGCGCAAAUUCCAAAGUCUACAUAUGGCACAAGGAGAAUGGUACCCUGAUCGAGACGCUCGCCGGUCACGCUUAUGGAUGCGUCAAUGCUGUGUCCUGGAACUUUGCAAAUCCCACAAUGUUUGCAUCAGGAGGCGACGAUAAGAAAGUCCGGAUAUGGACCAAAGACCCCAAACCAUCGUCCUUACUGCGAAGACGAGUCAGUUCACAAUCCUCACAUCGCCAUACCUACUAG